GAGAGAGAGUGCAACGAUGGAGACCCAAUCUGGCGGCAAAGAAGAGACGGCCAUUUCCGCCGUGAAAACAAUGCGUGAAGACCUCGAAACCCGAAUGGAGACCCAACGCGCCACCCAGCUCCAACUCCUCUCUUUCCUCCAAUCCGAACUCUCCCCCGCCAUCGUCCCCACCAUCGAUCUCUCCCUCAAGGUCCUCUCCUCCUUCAACCACCGCCCCUUCUCCCCCACCCCUCCUCUACCCGACCCGAAACCCAACCCGAGAAGAAAGAAGCCCAUCCCACCACCACCCAUCCUCCCUCCGCCCCAACCCGAACCCGCCUCCCCCGAACUCCCCAAACCCGACCCGACCCCGGAUUUCGACGAGAGCGCGAGCCCGCUCGCGGUGAUCCGGGCCAUGAUCGCGGUCCGGUUCCUGGAGAGAGUGCCGUUCAUGCUGGUGGAGUCGUCGGAGCUUCUGAAGCAGCUGGAGACCGACGCGAAGGCCUCGCCGGAGGAGAAGGCGGCGCUGCGGGAGGCGGGAGGCGAGGCCGGGGGGAUUCUGGCGGUGGAGAUGGCGCUGCGGUCGAUGGCGGAGGAGAACGGCGGCGUUAUACUGGAGGAGUACGCGGUCAACGGGAAGUCUAGGGUUACGGUGAGGGACAUUGACCGGACGAGGCUGAUGAAGGAGCUGCCGGAGAGCAAGCAAGACUCGAUUUUGGAUGGGAAUGGGAGCUUCAGUCAGAUGGUGAGUGGCGGCAGCAAUGUGGGCCGAGGUGGUGGGCCGUGGGUGGUGGGGCCGGAGCCGUAUAUGGGCGGGUUGCCGCCGCUGUUUCCGGGGAUGGGUCCCAGAGGAGGGGUGAUGGGAAUGCCGAGAGGGAUGAUGGGGUCACCAAUGCAUAGGCCCAAUAAUAAUAUGGGGCAGAGUAAUGGGGCAAUGGUGGUGAGUCCCAACGGAAUGCCGCCGCCGAAUAAGAACAUGAAGAGUGAGGACGAUGAGAUGAAGGAUCUCGAGGCGUUGCUGAGUAAGAAGACUUAUAAGGAGCUGCAGAAGUCGAAAACUGGGGAGGAGCUUUUGGACCUCAUUCACAGGCCUACUGCUAAGGAGACUGCUGUGGCAAACAAGUUCAAAAGCAAAGGUGGUUCGCAAGUGAAGGAAUACUGCACCUCCCUAACAAAAGAGGACUGUCGACGUCAAUCUAAUUCAUUGCUCGCUUGUGAGAAGGUUCACUUUAGGCGCAUAAUUGCUCUACAUACUGAUGUCAAUUUAGGAGACUGUUCUUUUCUAGAUACUUGCCGUCACAUGAAGACAUGCAAGUAUGUACAUUAUGAGCUCGAUUCAACGCCAGAUGUGUCAAACAUGAUGGCUCCCCCUAAACCAUUAAAGCAGCGUGCUGAAUAUUGUUCUGAGGUGGAACUUGGUCAGCCACAAUGGAUAAACUGUGAUAUCCGCAAUUUUAGAAUGGAUAUUUUGGGACAGUUUGGAGUCAUAAUGGCUGAUCCACCGUGGGACAUUCAUAUGGAGUUGCCUUACGGGACUAUGGCUGAUGAUGAAAUGCGCACUCUUAAUGUUCCUGCAUUGCAGACUGAUGGUCUGAUUUUCCUUUGGGUCACUGGCCGUGCGAUGGAGCUUGGACGUGAAUGUUUAGAACUUUGGGGAUACAAGCGUAUUGAGGAGAUGAUUUGGGUGAAAACUAAUCAACUUCAACGAAUUAUUAGAACUGGGCGCACUGGCCACUGGCUAAAUCAUAGUAAGGAGCAUUGCCUAGUUGGGAUAAAAGGGGAUCCAUUAGUAAAUAGAAAUAUUGAUACUGAUGUCAUUGUUGCCGAGGUCAGAGAGACAAGUCGCAAGCCAGAUGAGAUGUACCCUUUGCUGGAGAGGAUUAGUCCAAGGACGAGGAAACUGGAGCUGUUUGCCCGUAUGCACAACACUCAUGCAGGGUGGAUGUCACUCGGUAAUCAACUGAGUGGUGUACGACUAGUUGAUGAAGGCUUGCGUGCACGGUUCAAGGCUGCCUACCCAGAGGUGGAGGUGCAGCCAGCUUCCCCACCCAGAGCUUCUGCCAUGGAAGUUGAUUUGAAUGCUGCCCAAACAAGAAGUCCAUUUUCUGAAGCAAAGCCCACAGCAGCACAACUAGCAGAAGCUGCCGCUUCCCAACAAGCAGAGCCUGCAGGUCCAGAUGUGCCUGCUUCUGAUGUGAAGCCAGUGGUUACAACCGAUGUUGACAUGGCUGGAUGAGUAAACUGUCAAAUCCAUAUGAAUUACUCCUAUUUUGACAGGAAGACCUACUGCAACCAUGUCUAGUUUAGAACUGUAGUUUAAUGACCUAGUAAAGGAUUUGGUCCUUGUCAAUUUUGUUGAGGCCUUGAUAUGCAGUGUAUCUCUGUAUGGAUACAGCUUGUAAUAUCUUAAUCAUAUCAAUGAUAGAUCUAUUUCCCAGUUCUCUUCUCUUAGUUUCCACUGCUGUA